AUGGCGACCAAGGUCGAGGAGAGCAUCAUGGUGCAGGUGGGCGGCCUCCAGAACAAGGCAUGGGCGGCCGACACGAGCAAGUUCGGCUACCAGAUGCUCAUGAAGAUGGGCUGGAAGGCCGGCAAGGGCGUGGGUAAGGACCUCCAGGGUACGGCCACGCACGUGACGAUCCAAAAGCGCUCCGAGAGUCUCGGCCUCGGUUGCAGCCUCAAGCAGUCUGAAGUCACGGGCUGGAGCUCUACGAGUGGCAACUUUGCCGACGUCCUCUCAAACCUCAAAAAAAAGCCGACGACGACCAUCAACCGCCGCAUCCUCUUUAGCAAGCGCGUGCGCAACAAGAACGCGAGUGGGUACGGUGCCACGGACAUGGCGGCGAUUCUCGGCGAAGCGUCGACCGCCGUGAGCGCGACCAGCCCGUCGUCCGGCGCCAGCAGUGAGAACGACAACCAAAACGACUCGAGCGACUCGGACGACGAAGAGAAGAAGCGCAAGAAGAAGAAGGCCAAGAAGGAGAAGAAGGCCAAGAAGGCCAAGACCGACGCUGAAGACUAA